GGACAAUUGUUGUUUAUCUACAAUUUGCUGUAGCUUGCAGAGGAAGGAUUUGGGAGUUCUGCUUUCCUUGCCCACAAGCAUCCUGUAAACCGGUCCAAGCAGCAAGCAGGAUGCAUCCUCCUCCCCAGGGGCCUCAGCCAAUCCCUGGCAUCCGUGUCCGACCACCCCUGGUGGCUCCGAUGCAAGGACAAGUUGUCACGCAUUACGAAACAUUCACUCCUCAGUCAGGAUGUUGCAAGUGCGAAGGGAUGACGCAAACGGGUUACAUUUCCGUUAUCCUUCUCGUCCUGUUUUUCUGGCCGCUGGCAUUCCUCCCCUGCGUGAUGCAGGAGUGUUUCGAGCCCCAGCAGCGCCCAGUCUUCGGCUAUGGUCCAGGCCAGAACCCCAUCCCAGUGGCUGAGCCCGUCCAAGGACAGCCAGUGUACACCAAGGCCACCGAACCCCCCGUUUGAUUGGUUUUAAAUAGUCAGCGCCAAGGGGACGGGACUUCUGGGGUUUUAUUGUGCUUGGAGGGUUACAAGGAGCUGCAUGCUGCGUGGAAGGAUGCAACACUCGGUCGCAUGCAAAUGUGCCGCAGCUGUUGUUGUGCGAGCAUGAUUGACCAGCGCUCUUGCUCGGUAAGGAAGUGAGGUAGCGUUGCUUUGUUGUAUGCUGGGAGUACUGACCAUCUCGUUUUGACAGCUGAUAAGAAAGGCAAAAGGUGUCUGUGCGCAUCUUUGACAACGAACGCCACGGUGAUGGAUGUAAUGCACAAAAGAACGCCAUCCUGUUGUCGUGCUUUCUGUACUGCUUUUCACUUCCAUAGCAGUACUGUCUGAGACUGCCUCCUGUUUAUGAUCGGUCAGCCUGCAGCCCUGUUGCUUAGGAGUACAGAGAAGAGUGCAGAGCUGACCUUCUUGCCGAAUACUCCACAGUGACAGAUCGCGCAUAUUCUGGCAUUCGGAGACGUGUCGGGACCAGAAGGAGCACUUCGAUUUGUUCUUACAAUUGCCACACGCAUAUUCUGAAAUACCCUUACUGAAUAGCCAUGUAAGGCAUCCUUC